GUUCCAAUACUCUUAUAACUUUAGAAAAACAAUUAUAUAAAAAAUGCAGCAGUACAAAAGAAGUAGUGUACGUUAUCAUCGAAUCAAUAGAAAUGAUGAUGGUUACGUUGAUGCACAGUUUGUAGAACCUGCACCUAAAGUUCCAUACAAAGCUAUUGGAUUAGCUGUGUUUCUGUUCACACUUGGAACAAUUCUGCUCACUGUGGGAUGCUUGUUAGUGACUGGUCAUAUUGAUGUAAAGUAUGCUGAUCGGACUUACCCAGUUAUUGUUCUUGGUCUUUUGUUGUUUAUACCGGGUUUCUAUCACGUGAGAAUUGCUGUUUAUGCUUGGAAAGGUUACACCGGCUAUUCUUUUCGGGAUAUUCCGGAUUUCGAUUAAACAUUGCAACAGAAGAGAGAGUACAGAAGAACCACCUGACAUACCAUUCAAAAUUGCGAUUUAACUUGCCUGGCUAUUAUAGCUUGAAAGAACAGCAGAAACAGCCAAGGAAUUACACACUUCACGCACGCAUUUUAUACCAACAUAACAAUUGGUACUACAGUAUGUACUUAUCACUGCAGAAAAGUGAAACGGCGUUCUGAUAGUCUA